AUGUCGCAAGACAAUCAACCUGUUGAAAUUGUGGUUGACCAGGAGCCGGAGGCAAACCACGGUGACGCCGAUUCAGCCUUUGGAGAUGAUGACGCUGCUUCCUCUAGCAUCAGCCUCCGAGAGUCUAUCUUCCAGUACAGGAAUGAGAACGGCAGAACCUAUCACCACUACAAAGAUGGAGCAUACAUCUUUCCAAACGAUGACAAAGAGCUGGAGAGGCUAGAUUUGACGCAUUCAAUGUGGCUUCUCGUCACGGACAACAAGCUCGGAGUUGCUCCACCAUGUCAACCGGGGUCCACGGUGGGCAGAGUACUCGACAUAGGUACCGGCACCGGUAUCUGGGCUCUUGACUUCGGAGACGAACACCCCGAAGCUGAGGUUAUCGCCGUUGAUCUCUCACCGACGAUGCCUACUUACGUUCCACCCAACGUCAAGUUCCAAGUCACUGAUGCUGAAGACCCUUGGACAUACUCACGGCCUUUUCAGUAUAUUCACAGCAGGGUUAUCACCUCAGGUAUCAGUGACUGGCAAAAGUACCUGAAAAACUGUUAUGAUUUUCUUGAGCCCGGGGGUUGGGUCGAAGUGCAAGAAAUCGACCUCUACCCGGCGUCCGACGACGGAACACUGAGGCCCGAUUCAGCACUCCAAACGUGGGCAAACUUACUCGCAGAGGCCUCGGUGAUACUAGGACGCCCGUUCCCGGAUGUAGCCUCACUUAAACAGGUCAUGAUGGAGAUUGGAUUCGUCGACGUCCAGAUGACGAGGACCAAGUGGCCGAUUAACCCUUGGCCGAGGGACUACAAAUGGAAGGAAAUAGGCAUAUGGAAUAGUGAGAAUCUCCGCACCGGUAUCGAGGGCUUCUCCAUGGCUGCGUUGACCCGUGGUCAUAAGUGGUCUCGCGACCAGGUCGACCUCUUCCUCGUUCAGGUACGGAGGGAUAUCAAGGACCGAAUGAUUCACGGUUACUGGCCAAUAUACUUCAUUACUGGACGCAAAGCCGGUAGAGAAGAAUUCACGCUUCCGUGA